AUGUCGUGUCAUUCAUUAGAGUUGUCUAUUAAUGAAACUCUUGCUAAAUUUUGGGAAAUCGAAGAAGGUUCUACGUGUAAUAAAAUAUAUUCGAAGUCAGAAGAAUUUUGUGAAAAUCACUUUGCUGAAAAUUAUAAACGUGCUUCUGAUGGUCGAUUUAUAGUAAAGUUUCCUUUUAAAGAAAAUUUAAAUGAUUUGGGUUUGUCUCGAAAUAUGGCUUAUAAACGUUUAUGUUUUCUUCAGAAGCGUCUCAAUAAAGACAAAGAUUUGAAAGGUGGGUAUGUUUCAUUUCUUAGUGAAUAUCAAAAAUUGGGUUACAUGACUAAAGUUAAAGGUUUUUCUAUGGAUAAUACUGAUUUUAGACAAUGCUAUUAUCUUCCCCAUCAUGCAGUAAUUAAGGAAUCUAGUUUAACAACAAGGUUGAGAGUUGUUUUUGAUGCUUCAGUUAGAACUGACACUAAUUUGUCAUUAAAUGAUGUGCAGUUUGCUGGUCCUACAAUACAGAACGAUUCUUUUAAAUUUUAG